AACGUAUUUUGCAAUAAUCUUUAGCAUGUAUUUUUGCACCUUUGACGUCAUCAGUCGAGAGUCUCGCGGCGAGGCACCAGAAGCUUUAAUAUUGCAACUCUCAAUUCUCCCCGUCAUUGGAUUUGUUGCUGAUUACAAGCUCGUACGAGCAGCGAUACCAAGCUAGCUAUACCCGAGAGAUAUCGUCUUCAGCACGGUUUAUGUUGCGAAUUUCUCGUUAUGGAGCCAAAGAGCUCCCGAAAAAUUUCGUCGUCGCAAAUCGAUCUACCGUCCUCACCGCGCGUUGACGCGGGCGGAAGACCUUAAUUACCGACUACAACUACGGGACAACAUCUCAGCACAUCCAUCCGCACGGCGCCGAGUCCAGAGGCGCUGGAGGCGUCGGCGUCGGCGGUGGCGGUGGUGGUGGCGGCGGCAAGAACGGCGGCAACGAGCGAGCGGACGAGCAGUAGUGAGUAUACGCUGUCGCGCCGACGGCGGAGUCGUACGCGCGUUAGAUCGCCUCCAACUUCUAAUUGGAUUCCGUCCGAGGCCUUACAAAAUCGCGAAACGGGUGGGAGAAGGAGACGGGAGGCCGUGGAGACGAGCCGAGACGACGAAGGCGCGAGAUCGCGAGUGCGACGACGAUCUCCUCUUCUGUACGUCACGUUCGCGUCCGCGAGGACUUGCGAGAUCGCCGACCUACGGCACGCUGUCGUGAAAACCGGCCGCUUCUCAGGUGUUAGUUAACACUCGCGGAAAGCAGAAGACGAGGUGAAGAGAGAAACGCGGAUAGUGAGAAGAGGAGGAUCAAGAAGAAACGAUGAACGAGGAACAAGCUCACGAUGCCAAGCAGCAGAUCGCCACGAGUCCUGAGGACACGGAGGAUAUGCCCGCGGGUCAGCAGGGUCCGCAAGUACCGCGACGACGCGGCGGCAUCUCGGCGGAGCCGGUCUCCGAGGAAGAUGCAACCAGCUACGUCAAGAAGGUCGUGCCGAAGGACUACAAGACUAUGGCUGCCUUGAGCAAGGCCAUCGCCAAGAACGUGUUGUUCGCGCACCUGGACGAGAACGAACGCUCCGACAUAUUUGACGCGAUGUUCCCCGUGACGUUCCUGCCCGGUGAGGCGAUCAUUCGUCAAGGCGACGAAGGCGACAACUUCUACGUGAUCGACCAAGGCGAAGUUGAGAUCUUCGUAAACGGCGAGCUGGCGACGACAAUCGGCGAGGGCGGGAGUUUCGGUGAGCUCGCGUUAAUCUAUGGUACACCGCGUGCGGCGACUGUCAGAGCGAAGACCGACGUGAAACUCUGGGGCAUCGACAGGGACUCCUACCGCAGGAUUCUCAUGGGUUCCACUAUAAGGAAGCGGAAAAUGUACGAGGAGUUUCUCUCCAGGGUCUCGAUUUUGGAGUCCUUGGAUAAGUGGGAGAGACUGACGGUAGCGGAUGCUCUGGAGCCGGUGGCGUUCGAUGACGGCGAGACGAUAGUCCGACAGGGCGAGCCGGGCGAAGAUUUUUAUAUAAUCGUCGAGGGAACCGCAGUGGUCCUUCAGCAACGCUCGGAAGGAGACGAACCGGCUGAGGUCGGCCGUUUAGGGCCAUCUGACUACUUCGGAGAAAUAGCGUUACUGCUGGACAGGCCCCGAGCAGCGACCGUAGUGGCCAGGGGCCCGUUGAAGUGCGUGAAACUUGACCGGGCACGGUUCGAGCGGGUCUUAGGUCCGUGCGCCGACAUCUUGAAACGCAACAUCACUCAGUAUAACAGCUUCGUGUCCCUUUCCGUGUAAACGGACUCUGUCUCUCCCAUUUCCUUCCUUUCCUCAAAUUACCUGGUCUGUCCCUUCAUCGCGGUCAGCGCUGCCGAUCAUCCCCAACUUCGUUUCUACCGGGGGCUACGUUAUUUCGCCGUUAACAUAGUUAACACUUUUUUUAUUUGAUUAAUAUUUAAGUGAAUUAAUGUAUUACGUCAGCUAUCAGUAAUGUUGUACACGACACACACACACAUAAUCUACUACACAAGGAACAUUACCUUACAACGUACACGUACAUACAUACAUACACAAACACACACGGUAUAGAGAGACGCUGUUAAUAUUAUACCGUAAGGCUAUUUACGCACUAUGUAGUUCGCGACUCGAUUCGUGCACGCGAGUUCGUUGUCGUUGAUCUCUUCCGCGCGAACGCGUUCCUACGUAUGAGUUAGUCGCGUGCACGACAAGUUACCGACCCGUUAACGUCCGAAUCUUCCGAUCUAGUUGACUGAGAAUGCAGUUUUCACCGAAUUAUUCCCGCUUAGAUGUCUCAACCUAACGAUACCAAGCGGUGUACGCGUGGUGGAAACUCCUCGUUGAACACUGACAGAAUGUAACGAGAACGGGUUCCAGCCGGUUCAGGAGCCCGCCGGAACAUUCUUUCCACCCGAUAACACCGGGCGCUAACGGGUUAAUCCGGUUAAUGGCACGUUGUGUAGGUCCCGAGUGUAUUGUAGAGGUUUUUGAGCGAAGCUGAUAAUGUACCGACGUGGUAUUUCAAGCCGCGUCCGAAUACAGAGACUGCGAUCUGGCAGUUUCGAGAUCGAAGAAAGUAGAGCGGUCGCGCUCGCAUCAUUACGCGAGGAGACUAAGCCUGUGUCAUGUUGUAUUGUUCGAAAGCUGUCGGGGCUCCUAGAAUGUCGGAAGCGAAAAAUCGUAGCGACAAGUAGGAUGAAUUGUCCAGCAGUGCAGAUCGGUACAGUGUGCCGAAGAUUUUUUUUUUCCUUUCGUCUUUACUAAUGGAGCUUUAUUCGAUCCGCACGUAUUGUGGAUUUUUUACAUAAGAUUUCUUACGGCGGUCGAUUAAGAUUUACAGCUAUUAAUUCGCGAAUCGAAAGAGGAUCUUCGGGACGUAUCACGGAUCUAUCUGAACAAACACGCUUGGAAAUGAUUGAACAUGUGAAAGGACAGCAAUUCAUUUUAACGUGUACGCUACAAGAAAUAGUCACACGCGUGAUCGUUCGCUCCCGACGUAAUUCAACGUGGCUGCAACGACGAGCCAAGAGUUCUUAAGUAUUGUCUAAUGGUGAGAGAGCCGACGAUGAAAGUGACGCUUUCGUUUAUUGUUAUGUAUAUAAAUGCUUUAACGUUCUACGUUAUGAAUCAUUAAUAUGGAUUGUUAAAUUAUUUAACAUUUUAAAUUAUUUUAUCGACCGAUGUAGGGAAUCGGUAUAUAAUUAAUCGCGACGGCGAUUUUGCGAAAACGCCCGUGCGCGUACGUCAGUCGCGAUUCGCAAACGCGAAACUUAGAGGAAAAAGCAAUCAGCCGGUCGAAAGUGUCGUACAGAUUUGAUUACACCGGCACGUAGCAUCGUCGAGGCGAGAUAGGAAGUAAGAAAACGAGUCGCAACCUAUAUCUUCUGUAAGAGUGCGCUAGAUUUAUAUAGUACGACGCAACAGAAAUGGUACAACGUCAGAAAAUUAAAUAAUUUAUUAUGCACAA